AUGGCGCCAUCAGAAGCAUUCAAUUUCACCGGCGAAGUUGCCAUCGUUACGGGAGCGGGCUCGCGUAUGGAUGGUGAGAUUGGCAACGGCCGAGCCACAGCAAUACUAUUAGCGAGACAAGGUGCCCGUGUAGCUCUUGUAGACUUCAAUCCCACCUGGGCUAACGAGACGAAACGGAUGAUUGAUAAAGAAGGCGGCGUUUCCGAAGUGGUCCAGGCAGAUGUCACCGUCGAGGAAAGCUGCAAAGCCGCAGUCGCAAAGACAGUCCAACUAUAUGGGACUGUGCACAUACUUGUCAACAUAGUUGGUGUCGGUGGCGCCAUGGGAGAUGCCACGAAGCUUGACGUUGACGCGUGGGAGCGCGACAUGCGUAUCAACGUCACGAGUAUGAUGUUGAUGUCACGCUACGCGAUACCCGAGAUGCGAAAGAACGGGAGAGGCUCCAUAGUCAGCAUGAGUUCGGUGAGCGGCUUGCUUGGUGGAAAUCCAUCUUUGCUCUAUCCCACCAGCAAGGGGGCUGUCAUUCAGAUGACGAGAGCCAUGGCUGCUCAACAUGGACCUGAGAAUAUCCGCGUCAACUGCGUCUGCCCUGGCAUGCGCAUCAACCAGAACCUGCUAAAACAAGAGGGUACGGGUUGGGAUGUGGGCUAUGCCAUUCUAUUCCUGUGCAGCAAGGAAGCCAGAUGGAUUACGGGCAUGAUCAUGCCUGUAGAUGGGGGAGUAGGUCCAUCUCUUUACUCGUAA